AAGAUUUAUAUAUAUCUAUUGAGUUGCCAAAUUGUGGAAUGCUGGGCACACUUAAAUUAAAUAUAACUGAGGUGGAAACAGUGCAGAAAAAGGAAAACCCAAUGAGCAAAUGUUAGAAUUUCUUUCAUAAGAGGAAAGCCUAAGUGCUUGGGGCUCUUUUUCUUAAAAGGCAACAAAUAGAUGAUCAUGAAUAGAGUCUUAGUACAUUAGGCAUGAUUUUGAUGAAGUAGGUAGAGAAAAUACUAUUCUCCCUCUCUUUUAAACCUAGAAAGUGGUGGUCACCCUGUUAAACCAGUUUGCCAUAGAUUCAGAACUGCUGUUAAAUUACAAUAAAUGUACAGAAUUUGCUGCCACAAGAUAUGGCGACAUAGCCCACUGGCUUAAAUGGGUUUCAAAGAGGAUUUAAGUCCAUGAGGUGAAAUGAUACUUCAGUUCUAAUGGCCACAGCUAAAAGGGAACUCCAGAAGGCCAGCCACAUGGGGCCAUUCUGCAUUUACCAUUUAUAGUGGUGUAGUUGCUGUUUGAUCCAGCAUUUGCCUCCUUCUUUUGGUCACAUAUCGCUGUUAUUAGCGAGUGAGUAUGCUGCUUUCCUUUCCACACAAAUUGUGGGUUGUGCCUGUACUGAGCAAAUAUCCAUACCUGUAGUAGCCUUGUGUUCCUCCAGCCAGUAAAUUCUCGCGUUAUUUAUUUAAUCACUAUUAUUUACUUAAUCAAAUUACAAGUGUGCUUUUAAGAAAGGGGGAGCUUAAUGUGAUAAGGUGGGGAUUUUUGAUUUACUUUAUUUUUCUUCCCUUUUAGAAGAGUAAUAUCUGUUUAACAAAACAAAACAAAAAAUUCAGUGUGAUCUUUUGAAGAAAGAUGACCGCUCAUCUCUCAGAAAAAAAGGGCAAUGUUUUACCUGACUUCCUGCAUCUGAAUGACUUGGGAUGCGAAUCUGUAGGAGGGAAGGUUUUAUUUGCAACGGAUGACUUUUUUGCUCCUGCAGAAAAUCUCUUAAAGAAACAACGGCCAGCAUAUCAUGCAGACCUAUUCACCGAGUUUGGAAAGUGGAGGGAUGGAUGGGAAACCAGGAGGAAGCGCAUUCCAGGUCAUGACUGGUGCAUCAUUCAGCUGGGGGUGCCAGGUACGAUUUAUGGGUUUGAGGCAGACACAUCUUACUUUGCUGGAAACUGCGCUCCUCAGAUAUCAAUCCAAGCUGCUUGCUUGAAGCCAGAGGAGGUACCAGCGCUGCCAGCAAGAGGGAACAGAAUAGGCACAGCCGCUUCGGAUGAAGAGCUGAGGAUUGUCAAGGAGCUGCUGAACCACUUGAGUGAUUUGGUGGCAAUGGUGAACGGAGGUGUCUGUGUUGGAUACAGUGAUGCUCAGUUAGGCCAUCCUGGGAAUAUUUUAGGGCCAGGAAGAGCAAAGUCCAUGAAAGAUGGAUGGGAAACAAGCAGAAAUCUGCAAAGGCCACCCAUUUUAAAGCUUGGUGACAAAGGAAUCUUACUUGUACCAGGAAGUGAAUGGGCCAUCUUUCGAUUGGGACAUUCAGGUGUUAUAACGCACAUAGAAAUAGACACCAGUCACUUUAAAGGAAACUUUCCAGAUACAUUUAAACUUGAGGCCUGUAUUUUGAGUACAGAAGAAGAAAAUGAAUAUAAUGCACAGAAGUGGACUUUGAAGCAAAGUCCAAAAUGGAACACGCUGGUACCUGCAACAAAGCUUAAACCUCAUACGAGACAUUUUUUUGAUGGUACUGCCAUAAAGAUGCUGGAUGUGUUUACUCAUGUGAAACUUACUUUUGCUCCUGAUGGAGGUGUAAGUAGGAUGCGUCUCUGGGGAUUUCCACGGGCCUUGCCAGACAUGAGGAAGUAAAAACGUUCUCAGGAAAAAAGGCUCUGCAGAAUUUCACUCAUGGUUAAUACAAGCCCGAAUACAAUUCAUCUAUCUGCAUUCAUUGAAUUAUACAGUUUUCCACAUCAUUGGUUCAAAUGCAACAAUUUGUUACGGUUGUACAAUAACAUCAUUUCUCUAGCUAAAUGAAUAAUUUACAUAUAUAUUUGCUAACAGGUUAUCGGAUUUGGGAAAUGGUAUUAUUUCUUAAACAAUGUUAAGAGGCAAUGAAUGCAGCUCUCGAACAGAUAGAGCACAUAAGGUAGAAAGGUUUUGUUUUUGUUUUUUAAAGCGCAGUUACAUAUCAAGCCGGUUAUAUUGUUUAGAGUGUUGGACUAGGAUUUGUGAGACCCGGAUUCGAAUCUCCACACAGCCAUGAAACCUACAGGUUGACCCUGGGCCAGUCAGAUACUCUUAGUUUCUUGCCUUGCAGGGUUGUUGUGAAGAUAAAACAGGGAAGUGUCAGAACUGCAUUUGCCACCUUGAGCUCCUUAGGUGAAAGGAGGGAUAUUAAUGUAAUAAUAAAUAACCAGGACUGACCCAAGGCAGUUUGCUGCCUGAUAUGUGGCACUGCAAAAGGCAUCGCCUGCCCUGUCAAUAGUACCCAAAGCAGAAAAUCGCACUUCUCCCCUCCCUGACAAUAAGAAUAAAAUUUUAAAAACUUAAGAAUUUAAUGGCACCCAAAAUCAGCUACCUGAGGUUUCCCCUUCAUUCUGCCUUGUGUGAGGACCAGCCCUAUUCAUUAAAAAUAAAAUCAAAUCCUAUGUGUAAUCUAAUUUUCAUCUUUGCUUACAUUAGUCCGGAAUAUCCAAAAUAUGUCCUCAUAUAUGAUGCCAUUUAUCACAGCCUUAUUCUAUGCUAACUUGGAAUAAUAAAUAAUAAUAAGAAAUUAUUCCUGCUUGAUUUGAUUGAAGAAUUUGAGCAAGUGUGCUUAGGAGUGCAACGUUAAGUGAUGCUGUUCAUAAAUAGCUGAGAGAUUCUGAAACUAUUAAUUAUCAAAACAGAGCAAAACUGUAUUGAACAUCUGUGCAAGAAUAUGCUUCAGUAUGUCUGAAGAUUGUGUACUAAGAAUCAAUCUUGCAUUAUUAUUAUUAUUUGCUUAGAUAGUUGUGCCUAUCUUUUCCUUUUGCCAUCUAAAAUUGAAUUAUGUUAUAAUAAAAGAAUACUUACCCUUCCUGGUUCGUACAUUGCAUACUUUAUAUUCUGUGCUUCCAUCUUUUCCUAUUGACCCAAAUUUAUUUAACUUUUGUUGGUACUUCUGGUUGUUUGUUUGUUUUGUUUUGGAGAGUGUGUGCUUUUCAGGUGUUGGGACACACCACCAAGCUAGCAGAUCUCCUACUCAAUCACAUUUCUUUGUGGUUAACUUUGCCCCAGACAUGGGUAGGCAAACUAAGGCCCGGGGGCCAGAUCCGGCCCAAUCACCUUCUAAAUCCAGCCUGCAGACGGUCUGGGAAUCAGCAUGUUUUUACAUGAGUAGAAUGUGACCUUUUAUUUAAAAUGCAUCUCUGGGUUAUUUGUGGGGCCUGCCUGGUGUUUUUACAUGGGUAGAAUGUGUCCUUUUAUUUAAAAUGCAUCUCUGGGUUAUUUGUGGGGCAUAGGAAUUGAUUCAUCCCCCCCAAAAAAUAUAGUCCGGCCCCCCACAAGGUCUGAGGGACAGUGGACUGGCCCCUGCUGAAAAAGUUUGCUGACCCGAGCUAAAACAACGGUGGGGGUUAGAAAACGGAUGUAUAACACCCCUGCCCCAUUUCU